AUGGCCGAACAGAGCGUUAAUGUUUGCGAUGGUAGUGGUGAGAAUAGUGGUACGCCUCAUCCUGUUGGAGAUAUUGAAAUGAAGGAACCUGAAGAGGAUCUGAUCGAAAUCGGUUACGUUUCUCAUAAAUGUGAAAGCAACAUCGUCUGCCGUGGCUCAAUUGAUAAAAUUCCAUAUUUCAAUGCUGAAAUCUAUACUAAAGAACAAAAAAUUGGAAUUGUGGGUGAUAUUUUUGGGAAAGUAGAUGAUCAUGGUUUUUUAAUAAUAUUGGGACCUGGUCUCAGGGCUUCGCUUUUCGAGCGAAAUCAAAAAGUAUUUGCUAAUAGACUAAGGCUUUUGAGCUAUGAUACAAUUGAUCCGACUUUGGCAAGAACAGCUGAACAAGAAGCAGAAAUCGUGCUACCACAAGGUCAGCGAAAUUCGCGCAACCGAAGUCGAAAACGUAAAGGUGGAAGAGGAUCAUCCCGAAGAGGUGAUAGUAGAUUUAGAAGAACUGAUCGGAUUGAUGGUGAAUAUAGAAGAGCUGCUGUAGGCAGAAGUGUAAGAGGUAGAUUUAGAGGGGCUGUCUGGAGUAGAACUGAAUUUAGGCGAACUGAUCCGACAGGAAGUGAGUAUGGAUGGGGAUUUUAUAGCGGUGGUAGCAGUGGUCGUGGUCAUAGGGGAACUUAUAGCGGUUGGCUCAGGGAAAUUACCCAUAGAACACGUCCAUACAGAGGUCAUAAUCCUAGUGCGCAGGGCUUUCGAAGAUAA